AAACCGCAGCGAAGAAGAGCAAACAACACUACCAUAAGCUAGCCAUAACGACAAGUUGCUAACCGAUUUUAGAGACUUGACAAGACAUACUAGAGCAAAGUAACCCUGAGGAGCUCCACGGUCACCGCGGCCGGCGGGUCAUGCAGCUCUCUGAAAGGUAAUGAGCCGCAAAGCCCCGGGGUCUCGGCUCAGCGGCGCUGCCCACAGACUGCAGCCACACUGGAGUGACUGGCAGCCCAGAGUUGAAAGUGUGUCAUCCAGCCAGGACGGAGUGAAGUCCAGAGAGCUCGGUUCAGCAGCGGUGUAUGACGUGUUGCCCCCCAGCUGCCCCGACCAGCCCGCCGUGCCCAGCGAUGCCUACGCUCCUGCAGAGGCACACCAGGACGAGGAUGGAUAUGACGCUGGUCCGGGUGUCUGUGAUACUACAUUUGGUUGGAAGUCGGUGGGGCAAGAGUUGAGGCCAAAUGACGUGACUACAGAUUUGACUCCGUUUCAGCAUGGAAACCGUGCUUUAGCUUCAAAGGACAUGAGGAAAUCGCAGGACAGAGGGAUGGCUAUCUCAGAGGAGUCUCGGCUGGCCAACCUCCUGCGCAGAGUCUCCAGGGAGGACGACCGCGACCGCAGGCUGGCCACCCUCAAACAGCUGAAGGACCUGAUCAGUCACAGCGAGAGCAAAGUGACCCUGGUCAAACAGCUGGACACCAUCCUCAGCACCUUGAAUGACAUUUUGAAUGAGAGCAGUAAGCUGCUGUGGGAGCUGCGUCAGGACGCCGCAGCCUGCCUGGGUCUGCUCUGCACCGUGCUGAGCUACGAGGCCGAGCGCAUCUUCAAGUGGCUCUUCCUCAAGUUCACCACGGGCACCCGGGACGAGGUGAAGCUGCUGUACCUGGUGGCAGCGCAGCGCGCCCUGGAGGCCGCCGGGGAGAGGAAGGCCUUCUCUCACGUCAUGCAGCUGGUGAUGAGCAACCUGCAGUCCAUCCUGGAGAACGUGGACACUCCGGAGCUGCUCUGUCACAGCGUGAAGUGUAUCCUGCAGGUGGCGCGCUGCUACCCGCACGUCUUCAGCACCAACUUCAGAGACACAGUGGACAUCUUGGUGGGAUGGCACAUUGAUCACACACAGAAACACUCACUCACUCAGCAGGUUUCAGGCUGGUUACAGAGUCUGGAGCAGUUCUGGGUGGCAGACCUGACCUUCUCCACCACCCUGCUGGGACAGUUCCUGGAGGAUAUGGAAGCAUAUGCAGAGGAUCUGAACCAUGUGAUGUCAGGGGAGGUGCUGGAUGAAGACAUCCCCCCUCCCUCAGUGUCUCUGCCCAAACUGGCAGCUCUGCUGAGGGUCUUCAGUACGGUGGUCCGCAGCAUCGGAGAGAGAUUCAGUCCCUUCAGAGGACCCCCCAUCAAUGAGGUCUACGUCAACGAUGUUCUGAGCCGGGUUCUGUCCUGUGUGUCAACGGCAAAGCAGGUCCAGUUCUCUGAGCUGGUCCUCACGGCGGGGAACGAGUGUGUGGGGGUGCUGCUGACCAGUGUGGAGCCCUACGGCCUGCUGAUGGAGGCCAUCCUCACCUACGGCCUGGACCAGCUGGACUGCUGUCAGGCUUGCGGCCCUGACUACAACCUGGCAGUGCUCAGCCUCGUCACCUUGAUCAUAGACCAGAUCAACACAAGGCUGCCCGCGGCCUUCGUUGAGAAAUUGUUGGCACCCGAGUCCCGCCUGCUGAAGCUGCGCUUCCAUCGAGAGAAAGAGGUGAUGUCAGCAGUUCUGGCUGUGUACAAGGCGCUGCUGAGUCUGAAGAACAUUCCCACGCUGGAAGCAGCUUAUAAGCUGGUUCUGGGGGAGAUGGCCUGUGCCCUGUCCAGCCUGACGGGGACCCUGGAGCCCAGUGAGAGUGCCCCGGCCCCCAGCAGCAUUUGCCCCAGCAUCCAGCACCCCACUUUUGCUUCCCUCACCCUACCCCCGGAGAAGGCACAGUUUAUCGUGAUCUUCAACCUCAACACCCUGACCACCAUCGGAAACACCAAGAACUCUCUCAUCGGGAUGUGGGCGUUGUCUCCUACGGUCUUCACCCUGCUCAGUCACGAUAUGACGCUGGUCCACGCUGAGUUGGCUGUCUUCUACCCUGCCAUCCAGUAUGCUGCGCUCUACACCCUGUACUCCCACUGCACCAGACACGAUCACUUCAUCUCGUCCAGCCUGUCGUCCUCCCCCUCCCUGUUUGAUGGCGCCGUCAUCAGCACCGUCACCACGGCCACAAAGAAACAUUUCAGCACGCUGCUAAAUCUUCUGGGAGGUCUGCUAGCCAAGGAGCACCUCCCCCCCGAGGCCAGGAGGCUGCUGCUGACCUGGGCUCAGGAGAUCUCUGUGCUGAUGAAGAAGUCUGACAACUACAUCCCCCUCUUCUCCCUGCCCUCCUUCAACAAGUUCUGCAGAGGCCUGCUGGCUAACGGUCUCAAUGAAGACCAGAGUAUCUGCCUCCAGACCUGCCACAGUCUGCAGGUCCUCUCCUCCUCUCUGUCCACGGAGCUGCUGCAGAGGUGUGUGGAUGUGUGCAGAGUGCAGUUGGUGCACUCAGCAGUGAGGGUGAGGCAGGCCUACGGCAAGCUGCUCAGGACAAUCCCCCUCGAUGUGGCUUUAAGUAACCACAGCCACCCUGAGAUGAGGGAAAUCUCUCUGGCCAUCCGUCACAACAUGAGCCGAGCUCCCAGCACCACCUUCCACCCCCAGGACUUCAGCGACCUCAUCAGCUUCAUCCUGUACGGAGUCCUGCACCGCGGGGGGAAGGACCCCUGGCUGGAGCGCCUGUACUACAGCUGCCAGCGGCUGGAGAAGAGGGACGGCCGAGCGGCUGCAGACAGCUGCAGGCCGGGGGUGGUGCCGCGGGUGCUGCUGAAGACCGAGGCGGUGAUGUGGCAGUGGGCCGUGUGGGAGGCUGCUCAGUUCACCGUGCUGUCCAAACUCAGAACCCCGCUGGGCCGCGCUCAGGACACCUUCCAGACCAUCGAAGGAAUGAUCCGGAGCCUGGCGGCCCACAGUCUGAACCCGGAGCAGGAUGUGGGAGCCUGGGCCGGGACUGGGGGGGACGGAGAUGGUCACCACUCCAAUCAGCUGCGCCUGGCUCUGCUGCUGCAGUAUGUGGAGAACCUGGAGAAGCUCAUGUACAACGCCUACGAGGGCUGCGCCAAUGCUCUCACUGCCCCCCCGAAGGGUAUCAGGACGUUCUUCUACACCAACCGGCAGACGUGCCAGGACUGGCUGACGAGGAUCCGCCUGGCGCUGAUGAGAGUCGGGCUUCUGUCGGGCCAGCCGGCAGUCACCAUUCGCCACGGCUUCGACCUGCUGACAGAGAUUAAAAACAGCAACACGCAGGGUCCAGAGAUGGAGGUUCCUCUGACGCUGCUGGUGGAGGCUCUGUGUGAGCUGCGCUGCCCGGAGGCCAUCCAGGGCCUGGCCGCCUGGAGCCUCAGCACCACGGGCCGAAGCCUGGGCUGGCUGCCCUCCGUGGCCCUGCAGGCGGAGGGACGGUUUGAGAAGGCAGCUCUGGAGUAUCAGGAUCAGCUGUCUGCCGCCACAGGGAUGGACUGCAGCAUCAAAAGCCCAGAAUGCAGUCUGCUCAAAAUCUCCAGCAACACCAGCAGCCCCAAACACACCAGCAACGGGGACAACAGGAAGACGGUGCUGCUGAAGUCCAGCGAGUGCUCUCCUGAGGUGAUCAACUUCCUGGCCAACAAGGCGUGUCAGUGUUACGUGGCGCUCUGUGAUUGGUCCUCUGUGAAGGAGUGGCAGGCCGCCGUCAACGGCCUCAAACAGAACUCCACCAACCCCGUCGGCAUCAACCUGAGGACGGACUUCAACUACAUCCAGGCGCUGAGCCGCUUUGAGGAGGGGGACCUGGCGGAGUGUGGGGCUCAGCUGGAGCUGCUGCCGGGGGAGGACUGCAGCGCGCUGAGCAGCAGCAAGGACAAGCUGGAUCUGAAGCGGCUGCUGCCCUCCAUCAGUCCUGAUCCUACGGAGCUACAGAGAGCCAUCGAGGUGCAGCUCCUCCGCAGCUCUGUGAGCGCCAUGAGCAAAGCCCUGCAGCAGGAGCAGAGGACCGCAGCCAACCCAGAUACGUUGGUGCGCUGCCUGAAGCAGACGGGCCGGAUCUGCCUGGGUCCUCUCCGCCUCUCCACCCUCACCCUGUCUGACGCCCUGCCCACCCUGCCCACCCUGCAGCUGCACUGCACCGCUGCCCUGGAAAACACGCUCACCGGACAGGAAGAGUGUAUGAUUCCUCUGGGCAGCGAGGCUCUGAGCUCCUGUAAGCAGCAGGAUGUCCAGCCUUUCCUUCAGGCCCUCAGAUACACCAUGUUCCAAAGGCAACUGCUCCAGAAACUUAAAGGUCACUCUCCCUCCACCGACAGCCACCUCAUAGAGCUUCGUCUCACUGCUGUCAAAUUUGCCCGUAAGAAAGGCAACAUUGCCCUGGCGUCCCGCCUGCUCAGCCAGUGUGGGGACAGGACACAGGAAGAAGGGGGGCAGCAGGAGGGGCUGAGCCAGGCCUUCAGACAUCUCUCCCUGGAGGGCACUGUGGGGGAGAGGUGGGGCGCAGAGCUGCAGAUCGAGAAAGCUAAAGUCCUGAGGAAUGCAGGCCAGUCCAUGGCAGCCAUGGAGAUGCUGAGCAGGGCUGCUCUGUCUUACUGUCACGUGGGGAAGAAUGAAGGCGCCGCCUGCCGCUCCCUGCUGACACUCUGCAAAUGGCUGCUGGCCGACUGGAAGGACAUGACGCCUCAGCUGAAACAGGUGGUGAAGCGGUCAGGAGCAGUGAACUCCUCCAGCGCUGUGGGCAGCAUGUCUCCUCUGAGCCGGAACAUCGGCGCUCUGCUGGAGCUCCCCCUGGAGGAUCAGGGGAUCCCCCACAUCAUCACUGAGACCUCAGUGAGUGUGGGCGUCGGGGAGCCAGACUUCGUGCUGGGGCAGCUCUACCAGCUCUCCACCAGCCUGGCUCCAGAGAUGGCAAAGUCCUGGGCCGCACUGGCCAGCUGGGCCUACCGCUGGGGCCGGAAGGUGGUGGAUAACGCCAGCCAAGGGGAGGGAUUGCCUCUUCUUCCUGGAGAGAAGAAGGAGAUAGAGGAGCUGCUGCCGGCAACCACCAGUGAAGAAGACAAGGAGAUCAUCUUCAGCAUCCUCGGACAGGCCAUGUGUCGACCUACCGGCAUUCAGGAUGAGGACAUGGCUCUGCAGCAGGAGGACGAUGAUGAGGACGACAUGGUGGAUGUGAUCUGGCGGCAGCUCACAGGCUCCUGCCCCUGGCUGGGGGAGGCGGGCCAGCCCGUCACCGACGGUCUGAUCCGGGUCUGGAGGCGGGUGGUGGACCGCAUAUUCGGCCUGUACCGGGUCUCCUGCCAGGCCUACUUCACCUUCCUCAAGCUCAACGCUGGACAAGUCCCUAUAGAUGAGGAAGACCCCAAACUCCUGCUGUCCUGUCAGAACAGCAAACAGAGCAACGACGACAUGAUCGUCAUGGCAACCCUGCGUCUCCUCCGUCUGCUGGUGAAGCAUGCCGGUGAACUGAGGGAGGGGCUAGAGUUGGGCUUAGCCUCCACCCCUACAGCACCCUGGAGGGGUAUCAUCCCCCAGCUGUUUUCCCGUCUUAACCAUCCAGAGGCUUACAUCCGGCAGAGCAUAUGCAGUCUGCUGUGUCGAGUGGCCCAGGACUCCCCCCACCUCAUCCUGUACCCCGCCAUCGUGGGCUCACUCUCCCUGGGAGGGGAGGCUCAGAAUGCAGGGAGUAAACUGCCGUCAGCUCUGCCCACCUUCCUGGGCAGCAUGCAGGGGGAGGGUCUGGGUGGGGGGGAGGAAGAGCAGGCAGAGAGCGGGGCCCAGGGAGAGGCUUCAGAGGAGCUGUCCACCUUCUGCUCCAGUCAGGACCAGGCCAUGAUGCAGGACUGCUACAGCAAGAUCGUGGAGAAGCUGUCCCUCGCCAACCCCACCAUGGUGCUGCAGGUGCAGCAGCUGGUGGGGGAGCUGCGCAGAGUCACCCUCCUGUGGGACGAGCUGUGGCUGGGCGUGCUGCAGCAGCAACACAUGCACGUCCUGAGGAGGAUCCAGCAGCUGGAGGACGAGGUCAAGAGGGUGCAGAUCAACAACACGCUGCGCAGGGAUGAGAAGAUCGCCAUCAUGCGGGAGAAGCACUCUGCUCUGAUGCGUCCGGUGGUCUUCGCUCUGGAUCACGUGUGCAGCAUCACAGCGACUCCAGCAGAGACCCCUCAUGAGACCUGGUUCCAGCAGACCUACGGGGACCCCAUCACCUCCGCCCUCGAGCGCCUGAGAAACCCCACCAACCCCGCUAACCCUGCCAGCAGCUGGCUGCCCUUCAAACAGAUCAUGAUGAGCCUGCAGCAGCGUUCUCAGAAGCGAGCCAGCUAUCUGCUUCACCUGGACGAGAUCAGUCCUCGCCUCGUCUCCAUGACAACGACAGAGAUGGCGCUCCCAGGUGAGGUGUCGGCAUCAGAUGCCGUCACCAUACAGAGCGUAGGCAACACCAUCACCAUCCUGCCCACCAAAACCAAGCCCAAGAAGCUGUUCUUCCUGGGCUCCGACGGACGCAACUACCCGUACCUCUUUAAAGGUCUGGAGGAUUUGCAUUUGGACGAGCGCAUCAUGCAGUUCCUGUCAAUCGUCAACACCAUGUUCACCAAGAUCAACCAGCAGGAGCAGCCGCACUUCCACGCCCGCCACUACUCCGUCACCCCCCUCGGGACCCGGUCUGGACUCAUCCAGUGGGUAGACGGGGCCACGCCGCUCUUCGGCCUCUACAAGCGCUGGCAGCAGAGGGAGGCGGUGCUGCAGGCUCAGAAGGCCCAGGACUCCUUCCAGCAGCAGCCGGUGCCCCCGGUCCCCCGCCCCAGUGAGCUGUACUACAGCCGCAUCGGGCCGGCUCUGAAGGCUGUGGGGCUCAGUCUGGAUGUGACCAGGCGAGACUGGCCCCUGAGCGUCAUGAAGGACGUGCUGAAGGAGUUGAUGGAGACUACGCCCUCCAACCUGCUGGCCAAGGAGCUGUGGUGUUCGUGCACCACCCCCAGCGAGUGGUGGAGGGUCACUCAGUCCUACGCCAGAUCCACUGCUGUCAUGUCAAUGGUGGGAUACAUCAUCGGCCUCGGUGACCGUCACCUUGACAACGUGUUGAUUGACAUGACCACUGGAGAGGUGGUGCACAUUGACUACAAUGUGUGCUUUGAAAAAGGGAAGAGCCUGAGGGUGCCGGAGAAGGUCCCCUUCAGGAUGACCCACAACAUAGAGACGGCUCUGGGAGUGACGGGGGUGGAGGGCAUCUUCAGGCUGUCCUGUGAACAGGUGGUGCAGAUGAUGCGUCGGGGCAGAGAGACCCUGCUGACCCUGCUGGAGGCCUUCGUCUACGACCCCCUGGUGGACUGGACGGCCGGGGGGGAGGUGGGCUUCGCUGGCGCCGUGUACGGAGGAGGAGGCCAGCAGGCUGACAGCAAGCAGAGCAAGAGGGAGAUGGAGAGAGACAUCACCCGCUCCCUGUUCUCCUCCAGGGUGGCUGAGAUCAAGGUGAACUGGUUUAAGAAUCGAGACGAGAUGCUGGCCGUGCUGCCGCAGGUGGAGGAGGCGGUGGAGGAGUACUUAGUCCUGCAGGAGCUGCUCUGCCAGGGGGAGAAACUGCAGGCAAAACUACAGGAGGAGAUGGCCUUCCUGGAGGGGGCCGAGAACCAUCAGGACCACCUGAUCCUCACCCUGGAGCACAGGUACUCUGAACACACCCAGCUGCAGUCGAGGCAGCGCACCGUGCAGGAGGCCAUCCAGAGCAAGCUGUCGGACCUGGACCAGUGGAUCUCUCAGUACCAGGCGGCGUUCUCCAACCUGGAGGCCACGCAGCUGGCCAGCCUGCUGCAGGACAUCAGCAGCCCCAUAGAUCUGGGUCAGUCCCCCCCAGCUAUGUCCCCAGCGACGGCCUUCCUGCAGAACGCAGGCCAGGCCCUGAUCAGCCAGUGUGAGAGCCUGGAGGCGGAGGUGAGCGCCCUGCUGCAGCAGCGCCGGGGGGCCCUGCGCGGCUGCCUGGAAGUGCAGCUGACACAGCUACGCACAGUGGCUCUGCUGUACCCCAGAGCCACCCUGCUGCUGCACCGCGCACACCAGUGGAAGGCCUGGCUGGAGGAGCUGCUGAGGGACAUGACGGUGGAGCACUGCCAGCUCAUCUACAGACAAUACGAGGUGCUGUUCGCCCCGCAGCCCCCCGCCGCCUCCUGCCAGUUCCUGUCCAGUGUGGAGCUGACUCUGCAGCACCAGGCGGCUGAAACCAACGAGCGCGUGCUGCACCAUGCGGAGCGGCUGAAGGCGGAGGGCACCACGGCAGCCGCCUGCCAGGAGCAGCUGCAGGAGAUCGAGCACUGCAUCAGCGUGUUCCUGCGGGAGAACGAGGAGCCGGGGGCCCUCAGCCUGGCCGGCAUCAUCACAUCGGCCCUGUGCACGCUCUGCAGGAGGAACCUGGUGAUGGAGGGCGCAGCAGCCAGUGCAGGGGAGCAGCUGGUGGACCUGAUCUCUCGGGACGGGGCCUGGUUCCUGGAGGAGCUCUGCAGCAUGAUGGGAAACGUCAGUGCUCUGGCUACACUGCUGCAGCGAUGCCCCCUGCUGCCCCACGACCUGGACCUGCCGGCACCUUCAGCCACCACCCAGGCCGUGUACCUGGCCAACGCUGUCCACACCUGCUUACAGGAGCUGAACACCAACUUCCGUCAGAUCAUCUUCCCGGAGGCUCUGCGCUGCAUGGUGAAGGGAGAGCCCACCCUGGAGACCAUGCUGGGGGAGUUGGAGCAGCUGGUGGAGCAGAGCUCUGACGGGCUGGGCCUGCAGGGCCUGGUGGACAGUCUCCAGGCAACCACAGGGCUGGAGCCCGACGGGCACAACCGCUGCCUCCACAUCACCAGGAUGCUGCGUGCCCAGUACUCUGAGCUGAUCCAGCCUCGCAACAUGGAGGGCCCGGGGCAGGACACACCCAAGAUGUCUGCGGGGCAGAUGCUGUUGGUGGCCUUUGAUGGCAUGUUCACCCAGCUGGAGACUGCCUUCGGACAGCUCACAGAGAAGCUGAGCUCACUAGAGCUGCCGCUGGCCUGGAGGAAGGUGGAUGUCCUGAGGGAGGCUCGAGCCACGCAGCUUCACUUCUUUGACAACCCGAGUCAGAGACAGCUCAUGGAGGAGGUGUUCUUCCUCAAGAGGCUGCAGACCAUCAGGGACUUCUUCAGGCUGUGUGCCUCCUUCGCUCAGACUCUGUCUGGUACCUGCCCCCCCACUGAGGAUCUGAUGCCUACGAAUGGCCCUAUUGCUCUGGGUAAGCCUCUGUACCGGCGGCCCAGCGCCUCAGGGCCCGGCGUGGCCGUGGUGAGCGAGGAGCAGAUGACCCGCCCCAUCAAGGCCUUCACGGCGGAGUUUGUCCGGCAGAUGCUGAUGGGUCUGCCGGGCCAGGCUCUGGGUCUGGCCCUCUGCAGCACCCUGUCGGCCCUCGGCCUCGACGUGGUGGCUCAGGUGGAGGCCAAAGACUUCGGAGCAGAGAACAAGGUGCCUCUGGAUGAGCUGUGUAAGAAGGCGGUGGAGCAGAGCCUGGCGUCAGGGCGGGGCCCCCAGCUGCUGCUGAACAGGGCCACGGUGCUGGCCUCCUCCUACGACACGGCCUGGAAGAAGGUGGACCUGCUGAGGAGGCUGGACUCAAACCUGGAGGCCGCCAAGGCCAGCCUGCAGAGGAGCCAGCUGCACAUCGCCAUGUUCCAGUGGCAGCAUGAGGAUGUUCUGGGCCCCAACAACCAGCCUCUGAGUGUCAGCAUCCCCCCGCGCUCCGUCAUCCUCAGCAACAUGAAGAAGAAACUCUACAAGCUGAGUCAGGAUGAGGGAUCCAUCGUGGCUAUUCAGGAGAAGCUGGCGGCACUGGAGGCGAGCAUCGAGCAGCGCCUGAAGUGGGCGGGGGGGGCCAACCCAGCGCUCGCCCCUGUCCUGCAGGACUUUGAGAUGACCAUCAGGGAGAGACGCGCCAUGGUGGCCCGAGAGAACCAGCGCACCAGCCAGGUCACCUUCUUGUGCUCCACCAUCCUGAACUUUGAAGGCCUCCGGACCCGCUCCCCCGAGGCUCUGAACAUGGACGCCGCUUUGUUUGAGCUGCUGAAGCGCUGCCAGCAGACCUGCUCAUACGCAGCCCAGUUCAGCAGCACUGUGUCUCCACUGGAGCUCCAGCUGCUGCACCGACUGAGCCCGGGGCUGGACCUGCCCAUCGGCAGUGCUGAUUGGCUGAGCUGUGCCCAGAGGCAGCUGGAGGAGGAGCUGAGCGUGGAGCGGAGGACUCGGGAGGAGCGGGAGCAGCAGCUGGAGUCCUGCGGAGAGACCCUGCAGCUGCUGGUGGACUCCAUCAAGACCACUCUGUCCAACCACAACCGCCAGCUGGCCGACGUCAAGCACCUGCUGAGAGCCAUGUCCAAGGAUGAGGAGGCGGCGCUGGCGGACGGGGAGGAGGUGACCUAUGAGGGCAGCGUGCGGUACUUCCUGUUGGAGUACAAAGCCUGGCAGGACAACAUUCAGCUGGUGCUGUUCACGGUGGUGCAGGCCAGCGGGCAGCCUCGCAGCCAGGAGCAGCUGGAGCUGCUGGAGGAGAUCCCCCCCACCCUGAAGGAGCUGCACGCCCAGAGCCAGAGUGUGUACAAUGGCCUGGUGAGCUUUGCCUCCCCUCUGGUGACAGACAGAGAGGGGGAGUGUUCCAGUCCUGUGUCUGCCGCUCAGACCAGCUUCGCAGCAGCUGUUAAAUGCAGUGGGGUGAAGACCCAGCCAGACUCCAUGUCCCAGAAUGCACGGAAGGCUCUCCCCCGUAACCUGGGAACCCCCACUGACACCCCCCCCAGCACUCUGCUGGUGAACAGCAAAGGCCUCAACCCCAGCCCCAAGAGGGCGGUACGGGACCCCAAAACAGGACGAGCGGUCCAGGAGAGGAACUCGUACGCAGUCAGUGUGUGGAAGAGGGUGAAGGCCAAGCUGGAGGGCAGAGACAUCGACCCCAACAGGAGGAUGAGCGUCACAGAGCAGGUGGACGUGGUGAUCAAAGAAGCCACCAGCAUGGAGAACCUGGCUCAGCUGUAUGAGGGCUGGACGGCCUGGGUGUGAGCGCCUGCUCCUUCAUGUCUUUGUUCCAGCGAAGGCUUGGAGAUCCACCAGAGUCCAGCGGGUCUGGGGUGUCGGAACAGCAGCACCGGGCCACACUGGGGGGAGCGAACGGGAGGCGGAUGCUCAAUCCGCCUCCCAAACUCCUGGGCACCCAAACCGGUGCAGCGACCUCGUAGCACCGCUGCAACCACACCCCCCCAACCUCCGGCGAGCGGGCUAACACACGCUUUGUGGGCCUGCCGCCCCGCCCUCCUUUCUGGGGUUUGACCAGGCAACGCAGUGCCGGAUGGGGGGAGGGGGAAGGAAGGAAGGCAAACGCCUCCUCACCCUCGACUUAGAAACACCUUCCCCCCCCUCACCUGCAUAGCUCACCGUCAAGUUGUACCCAUAAAUCACUGCAUCCUGUUGAGCCAAUCAGAGUCCACCUGAGGGCAGGGUGAAGCAGGAAGUGAGCCGCCUCCCUCUGAAGCACACAGCCGCCGCGCUGUGGGUGGGACUUCACCGGGGGGGCUCAGAUGGGCCACUCACAUGGUCACACUUGUUUUUCUCUAAUCUUUUCCGUUGUGAUUGGCAGCGGGUUGGCAGGAGCUGAGAGCGAAGGUUCUUCAGGAUCCUGAAUCCACACCACCCAGCAGCUGCAGUGAAGGAAAUGAAGGGGAACAAUCAAAGUGUAUUUUGGUUGAUAAACAGUCAAAACUUUUACAGAAUUGUUGAUUGGAGUUGUUUUCUGAGGAGGUUCUUUGUGCUCUGUGGUUAAGUGAACGGCCUGUCAUGUGACUAGUUUCUGAUGUCUCAUCUCGUAGAGCAUGAGGUGACGUCACUCCACGAGGGCGGCCUCACUCUUUUUCUUGGUGUGUUUCUUCAGUCUGUGUGAGCUCUGUAACUCUUCUGUCCUUCUUUAGACCUGUAGAUGUUUUCUGCCUUUUUUGAAAUGCCUGUCACAAGCUGUUGCUUGCCUCAUACAUACUCCUCCCCCCCCCCCCCCCCCCCCCCCAAUGCUUGCAUUUUAUUAAUAUUGACUUACUAGUUUUACAUUUUUAGUGGGAGAAUUGAUCUUUUUGGUGAUGGUGCAAAAUGUUCAUUCUUAAAGCUUUUAUUGGAUUUUGUUGGAUGCCAAAUAAACAUUGACCUAUGAA